GUCAGCCUGUCCAUCUACCUGGGUAUUGAGAGUAAGAUUAAUUCAGAGGGGCAGUAUUAUUUCUCUCAUUUCAUAUAAAAGCCAAUUACUUCUUCCCUUCCCUUUGUACUUCUCUUCCUCUUUCUCUUUCUCUCUAUAAAUACAAAUGCGCAUCUCUCCUCUCCAUUACCUCCUCAAGCCUCGGCAUCGUCCACGACAACUACCACGACUGCGCAAAAUAUCAUUCUUUUCUUCCUCUUCUUCCUCAGCCAAUUCCAAUCCAUCCACGCCCAAUCCCAAACACACCCUCAAAGCCAUGUCGGGCUCUGUUAUAGGCGCAACGCUCUAUGCGGCUAGCAUGAGUAGUCCGGCUGCGCUGGACAAGAUCCCGGAAAAUGCGAAGGAGAAGAGACAUCAUUUGAAGGAGGGGGAGGGGACGGGAUUUACGAACCCGUGGGAGUCGUGGAAGGAAAUGGGGGUGGUGGGGAUUGGGAUGGCUGUGGCUAGAGCCAAACUAUCAGGCGAAUUCGGCACACCAGAUACAACACCUCCAACAGUUCCCGUCAUAAAACCUACAUUUCUACCUACCCGUACUACAUCCUCCCUCCGCGCAACUUGGCUUGGACAUGCCUGUUACUAUGUCGAAUAUCCCUCUGGUCUACGUGUACUCUUCGAUCCUGUCUUUGAAGAACGUUGUUCGCCAUUCUCAUUUAUGGGUCCCAAACGCUAUACACCUAUCCCUUGCAAAUUAUCCGAGAUUCCAAUUGUUGAUUUUGUGGUUAUAAGUCAUAGUCAUUAUGAUCAUUUAAGUCAUCCUACAGUUAUGGAAAUCCAUAAAAGUCAUCCAAAUGCUCAAUUUAUUGUAGGGCUAGGAUUGAAGAAGUGGUUUAAGGAAUGUGGAAUUGAGAAUUGUGUAGAGAUGGAUUGGUGGGAAGAUAUUGAUGUUACUUUAUCUCCUAUUACAGGAGAGAAACGUAUUUCUACCUCCUCUCAGACAUCUUCCAAGAACUCCCCACCACCUUCAUCCUCUUCUUCGUCUCCUACAUCCAUAUCUCCUAUAACAGCCCGCAUAAGUUGUCUUCCUUCGCAACAUACAUCUGCACGUACUGCCUUUGAUAAAGGGCAUACACUGUGGUGUUCAUUUGCUGUUACAUCUGACUCAAAAUCCGUUUGGUUUGGUGGAGAUACUGGUUAUCGAGCAGUUCCCAAAGUUCCUAAAGGGACUGAUGAUUAUGGACCUGAAUAUCAACAUUUACCUGUUUGUCCUGCCUUUAAAGAGAUUGGAGAAUUGAGAGGACCAUUUGAUUUGGGACUUAUUCCUAUUGGUGCUUAUGAACCCCGUCACAUUUUCUCACCCAUGCACGCUAACCCUUUCGAUUCGGUCAAUAUAUUUCUGGAUACCAAGUGUAAACGUGCCAUGGGGAUUCAUUGGGGAACAUGGGUUUUAACACCUGAAGCGGUUAUGGAACCGCCUCAAUUAUUGAAAAAGGCUUUGGGUUGGAAAAAUUUGCCUGAGGUGGGUGUGUUUGAUGUUUGCGAUAUUGGGGAGAGUAGAGAAUUUUAGGGGGCGUUUGUAUUUGGGGGGAGAUGGGGAGAGUAUGUAGAGGGGAGAUGGAGGAGGGGAGAUGAUGAUAAAGAUGAUGAUGUCAUUUGUAAAUAUUUAAAUCGGUUGUAGACAAUUGGUUUGAUACGCGAUUUUAUCAAUACAUUUGAAGAUAAACA